CACCCACCUCUUUCUCCCUCCCCUCCCGCUGCCUCCUUUCUAUCCCUUGCCACCAUCUCUCCUUGCCCUUCUCUCUCUCCUUCCUUCUUCCUCCAUCCCCUCCUGCAGCCUCCUUUCCAUCCCUUGCCAUCAUUUCACCUUGCCUCCUUCUGUCUCUCUCAUUCUCUCCCUCCCUCCCUCCUUCUUUCCUUCCUUCCCUCCCUUCCUCCCUCCACCCUCCAAGGCUAUGGCUGCGGAAGAGCUCCUGGAGACCGUGGAUCAUUAUAAGACCGAGAUCGAGAGGCUGACCAAGGAGCUCUCAGAGACGACCCACGAGAAGAUCCAGGCGGCCGAGUAUGGGCUGGUGGUUCUGGAGGAGAAGCUCACCCUGAAGCAGCAGUACGACGAGCUGGAGGCCGAAUACGAGGUCCUCAAGCAGGAGCUGGAGCAGCUGAGAGAGGCAUUUGGACAGUCAUUCUCAGUCCACCGCAAAGUUGCUGAAGAUGGUGAGACACGUGAGGAGACUCUUCUUCAGGAAUCGGCAUCAAAAGAAGCCUAUUACCUUGGGAAAAUCUUGGAAAUGCAGAAUGAGCUGAAACAAAGUAGAGCUGUUGUUACCAAUGUUCAGGCGGAGAAUGAACGACUGACAGCGAUUGUCCAUGACUUGAAAGAGAGCAAUGAAAUGGCAGAACUCCAGCGAAUUCGGAUGAAAGAUGAAAUAAGAGAAUAUAAAUUUAGAGAGGCAAGACUCCUUCAGGACUAUACAGAACUUGAAGAAGAAAAUAUUACUCUGCAAAAGUUGGUUUCCACGCUGAAACAGAAUCAGGUUGAAUAUGAAGGUCUGAAACAUGAGAUAAAACGGUUUGAAGAAGAAACUGUAUUGCUUAAUAGCCAGCUAGAAGAUGCCAUUCGGUUAAAGGAAAUUGCUGAACAUCAACUAGAGGAAGCCUUGGAGACAUUAAAGAAUGAAAGAGAGCAAAAGAACAAUCUGAGGAAGGAACUUUCCCAGUAUAUCAAUCUAAAUGAUAGUAUGUAUAAUAACCAUAUUAAUAUCUCAGUAGAUGGAUUAAAAUUUGGAGAGGAUGGGAAUGAACCCAAUAAUGAUGAGAAAAUGAAUGGACACAUUCAUGGACCCCACAUGAAACUGAAUGGUGACUUUCGGACUCCCACAGUUAGGAAAGGAGAGUCUCUGCACCCAGUCUCUGAUCUCUUCAGUGAGCUUAACAUCUCUGAAAUGCAAAAACUGAAGCAACAACUCAUGCAGGUAGAGCGUGAGAAAGCUAUUCUCCUAGCCAAUCUUCAGGAGUCUCAGACACAGCUGGAACAUACAAAGGGAGCACUCACUGAGCAACAUGAACGGGUUCACAGGCUCACAGAGCAUGUCAAUGCUAUGAGGGGCCUACAGAGUAACAAAGAGUUGAAAGAUGUAGAUUUUGAGAAAGGCCAAGAUUCUGGGGAAGAAACCCAUGAUUAUGAAGUGGACAUUAAUGGCUUAGAGAUUCUAGAGUGCAAAUACAAAGUGGCUGUUACAGAGGUGAUUGACCUCAAAGCUGAAAUAAAAGCCUUAAAAGAAAAAUACAAUAAAUGUGUUGAAAACUACACUGAAGAAAAGACAAAAUAUGAGAGUAGAAUCCAGAUAUAUGAUGAACAGGUGACAAACCUGGAAAGGUCAACUAAGGAAAGCCAUGAGAAAAUGAUGCAGAUGGAAAAGGAAUUGCAGAGAAUUACAGGUGUUGCAAAUGAGAACCACAAUACCCUCAACACAGCUCAGGAUGAGCUGGUGACUUUCAGUGAAGAACUUGCACAGCUCUAUCAUCAUGUAUGUCUGUGUAACAACGAAACUCCUAAUAGGGUUAUGUUGGAUUAUUACAGACAAAGCAGAGUUACUAGAAGUGGAAGCCUGAAGGGACCUGAUGAUCCAAGAGGGCUUCUGUCUCCCCGACUUGUCAGGAGAGGAAUGGCGUCCCCCGUAGAAGCCAGGACACCAACUGAACAGGUUUCAAAAGAAGGAACAGAACUUAACAAAGAACAAAGUCCAACAAAGACACCCACAAUUUCUCCUGUCAUCACAGCCCCUCCUUCCUCUCCCGUUUCUGACACCAGUGACAUUCGCAAAGAGCCAAUGAAUAUUUACAACCUGAAUGCCAUAAUAAGGGACCAAAUCAAGCACUUGCAGAAGGCUGUAGACAGGUCGCUGCAGCUAUCCCGGCAGCGUGCGGCAGCCCGUGAACUAGUACCUAUGAUUGAUAAGGACAAGGAAGCCUUAAUGGAAGAAAUACUGAAACUGAAGUCCCUUUUGAGUACAAAACGAGAGCAGAUAGCAACCCUCAGGGCGGUACUGAAAGCAAACAAGCAGACAGCUGAAGUGGCCCUGGCCAAUCUGAAGAAUAAGUAUGAAAAUGAGAAGGCCAUGGUGACAGAAACCAUGACUAAACUGCGCAAUGAAUUGAAGGCUUUGAAAGAAGAUGCAGCAACCUUCUCAUCCUUGAGAGCCAUGUUUGCAACCAGGUGUGAUGAAUAUGUCACACAGCUAGAUGAGAUGCAGAGGCAAUUGGCAGCUGCAGAGGAUGAGAAGAAGACUCUAAACUCUUUGCUGCGGAUGGCUAUCCAGCAAAAACUCGCCCUCACCCAGCGUCUGGAAGACUUAGAGUUUGAUCAUGAGCAGUCUCGGCGGAGCAAAGGCAAACUUGGAAAGAGCAAGAUCGGCAGCCCUAAAGUAAGUGAGGAGGCAUCAGCCACCGUGCCAACCAUAGACACUUUCCUCCUGCAUAGUCAGGGCCCACAGCAACCAAAUAUACUGCUCAGCAGUGGCACUCAGAGGAAAAGACUAUUUUCACCUUCCCCUUGUGAUCAGAGCCAUCCCAGGACUUCAGGGACUCACCUACUGCCUUUAUUAAGAACCCCCCCUGAUCACGCCUCCACAGAAUCAUUUCUCUUGAGGGGCCCCCCUUCCAUGAAUGAAUUCUUCCAUGGGCACCGUCUCAGCAAGGAAAAAAGGUUAACUGUGGCCAUCCCAGUUUUGCCACGAGUGGAACGUUACCAAAUGCAGAACAUCCCUCAUGAGGAGCACUUGAGAGGAAUUUUCAUGGAUUUUGCAUCUAGGCCCAGUACAUGUUACCAAAUACAAGAUUGUCAGCAGCCUGCUGCCUCCAUACCGCCACACGGCUCACAACUAGCCAGGAGGCAAGACUGCCACACUGUCAGUCCUGAUGUAGCUCUUCUAGAAGAACAGCCACAUUCCAGCUCUCAAUGUGCCCCCCUCAGCUGUCUACCUAAGCCUCCUCCUUAAUCCUAAUCUUCAUAUGCAACCUAAGAGUUGGGGGAAACCUCCCCCCGUACAAACUGAGUCGGAGUUCUCACAGCAAAGGUACAGUUUGUGCCAAAGGAACCAGUCGGCAUGACUGCCUUGUUGCUGCUUCGAUGAGUCCGGACACAUAUCUACAGUCUCAAUAACUGAGGAUGUGUGGAAGAACAUAAAGCACAGUGCCCAAACUUUUGAGAAGAUCUUUAAGGUUCCUCUGGUUACAUCCAGAUAAAUAUGUCUGCAGUUUGGAAGUUAAAACAUGUUCCUCCCAGCUGUUCAGCUUGUACUGAGAAUGAGCUGAGAAUCUAAACUACUAAGGAACAGAACAAAGAAAGUACGAUACAGAACCUUAUUUUGAGGGGGGUUUUCAAGCACCGACUUGAGUUUUUAUUUAUGAUUUCAAGGGUGUUUCAUCUGUCUCUCCCCCUCCCUUUUAACCAUAUUUGCACCAUGAGUUUAUGUUUUAUUAAAAACACACUCCAUGUUAUGUGUUUUUAUUCUAUUAAUUUUUAAGUGGUCUAAAAAUAUUUUACAUUAAGAAUGAUUUGAUUUUUUUCCAGUUAGGAUUUUUUUUUUCAAUCGAAGAUUGUUCACUUGGCCAAAGAGUGUGGCCUGGUAUUGUUGUUUUCUUAAUUGCACAAAAAUGUUAAGUUGAAUUGGAAUGUGAACUUUGGGGGCAUUCCAGAGAAAGUUGGAUGUUCCUAAAUCCCAUUGAAAUAUAAAUGAAACAUUUAAAUUACAUUGAUUUCAAUAGAAGUCUGGUGUGCCUAACUUUCUCUGUAUUGUGCCCACUGACUUGUAUUUUUCUGCUGCACUACUAUUGUUUACGCACUUGUUUUAUAACUAAUAUGAAGUUAGCUGCUAGUUGUUUUACUAGUUCAUUGGAAUCUGAUUAAGAUGGAUUUUCCUGAACAAUGCAUUAAUAAUGGUUUGUUUGUGAUUAACUUUCAGUUUUAGGUGGGGUUUUGUUUUUGAGACUCCCUCCUUUUUUCCCUUUUCUUUUUUGUGUCUCAGACAAGCUGAUGACUUGGUGCUGUUCUUUUUUCUGUUUGAUGUUUGGACAAAAAUGCAAACAAACUUGAACUAAAUAUGCUGUGUUUUAUUAGUUUAUUUUAUUUUGAAGUGUUCAGGAUGUUCUUCACUUGCUGCUCCUAAAUUCAGUGUUACCAGGUUAAGGCCUUAACUUGACGAAAGAGAGGAGAAAAGAGAGUUAUCCAAGUGUGACAAUAAUGUAAUUUCCAGUUGCAUAUAGAAGUGAAGGUUGCUGAGCAAGUAAGAUUGAUAUCUGGGACUGAAAAUUCUUGCUGUAAUGCAUUUUUUUCUUGCCAAAAUUCCCAACAGCUAUAAACAUCUAGCUCAUUGUCAAUUCAAUGACAAAUACUCAGGUGAAACUCAAUAUACAGAUUAUGUUCUCAAGCUACAUGGUACUCCUGUUCUAAGAUUCCCUCCGUUAACAGCUUUUUUCAAGUGUGGCAGACAUAAAGGAAGAUGAGGGAUAAUACAUUUAUUUUGCACAAUGCCUAGAAGCAAUUCACAUUGCUGACUAGGCUUUGAGUUAUCACUUUGAACCCACUUUGGGUUUCCCAGAUAUAAUGCUACCCAGAAUUCUUGCUCUCAAUCAGAUAGCCUUAAUAGAGUUUAAAUAUGAAGGGCCUGGAGACAUUUAGGUUUCUUUGUCUGCUGCACUUAUGCAGAAAGGAAAGUCAACAUGUCUUGAGAUAUGCAGCCAUUUUGGAAGAAGUCAAAAGCAGCUGGGAGCUACAGUAUCUGAAUUUGAGAGGAAGAUUUUUUUUAAAACCCAAAGGGGGGAAGUAAGGGAGGGAUCUUCAACCAAGGAAAUCAGAAAGUCUAGUUGGCCAAUCUUUGUGCCUAACAAUCAUUAUCAUGAAAAAAAAAUCAGUUACCAAGGUGCUAAACACAGGAUAAUCUUAAUCAGCAAUUCAUGUAAUAUAAUUCCAUCAGAGCAGUAGGAGGUGAAAAAUAGUUUAGUAGUGGAAUCCACAAUCCACUAGAUAGCAACCUCUUUGCCUCUUAAGGGCAAAUAAGUGGCACCAUAGGGGCUUAAAUAAAUGGAAGUAUAUUGACUUAAACAGUUUGUGUCUCACACAGUUCUGCUAAAAAGGUAAAAUCCCCUUUGCACCCAUUCAUGCAUUUCUAUGUUGAUUAUCUUGUGAUACAUUUCAAAUUUUAAUGUUGUAUCUUCUGCUUAUAUUCCUAUGUAAUAAAGACAUGCCUACAAAUUCUCAUAUUUUAAGAGCAUCUGGGGCUGCCACCUCCAGCUUUAAAUGGGGCUCUCUUUUUUUUUUUAAAUAAAUUAAUUACUGUGCAAGAGUAUCUGGCUGAAUUGACAGUUUCUGCUAGUUUGCUGAGCACUUCAAUUACAAAUAUAUAUUGCAUCCACCUCAGUUCACUCCUGCACUCUCCAGACUGAUACCAUUGACUUUAAAAACACCAGGAACCCUAUCCAGGAGCAGAGGUGGCAGUUUGUCAGUACAAUAUUAGUAAACCCUGGCAUAAGACCUAUGGAAGUUUGGUUUAGUUUGAAUUGUGAAUGUUCUGUCCCAUGUUAUGCAUGAUGGUUUGUGACAAUGAGCUCAGUUUACAUGUUUAGUUCUUGGCCAUAGAGAUAAAUGGUCUUAAAAGUGCUUAGCUCCAGAUGAAUCAUGUCCCUUAUUUUUAUUAUGACACCAUCAGAGAGCUAUUUCAGUUGGGCCAAAGUACAUCAGAAUAUUUGGACAUGCUAGAGUGAAAUGUUUGUGUGUUUCAGAUAUGAAGAUUUUGGCACUGUUGUCUUAGUUGUGCUACAACUGAUUUUUUAAUAAACAUAAUUAGGAAUUAUAAAACUAUUAUUAUAACUGAAAUAAUCCCAUUAAUAUAUAUUUUAGGUUUUAAUCUCUUAUUCAUUUAUGGGAUAUAAACUCCUUAGAAUGCAAUGGGACUUACUUCCCUAGGAUAGGAUUGUACCCUGAAACUUCAGUCCUAAGCACACUUGCUUUCAGUCUGAAAGCCAGGGGUCUUAAUUUUAAGAACAUGCAUCGAGAAUGGUGAUUCAGCAUAUUGGAAAAUAUAGUUAGUGCUGUAUGAACUAAACUUUGUAAAGGGGAGAAUUCUAAAUAACGUAAAGUUGAAGGCUUUCAUGGCCGGCAUCCAGUUUUUUGUGGGUUUUUUGGGCUAUGUGGCCAUGUUCCAGAAAAGUUUCUUCCUGAUGUUUUGCCAGCAUCUGUGGCUGGCAUCUUCAGAGAAUGAUUCUAAAUAACAUUUGAAUAUCAACAAUAAUAUGGCCCCAGUUCAUAGAUCACUAUGCUUACCCUGCAGAAGCUUAUCAUGGCAAAAAAGUGAAGGCACAUAUCCCCAUCCCCGUUAAGAGACAGGAGGGCAUGGGUAUGUUCACCCCCAAAGCUUAGGGGCAAUGGGGCGAGGGUGAAGAAUACACCCAAUUUGGUAUUGCUAGGAAUCAGCAGCCCCAGUGCAAGCCUUCAUGCAUGGAAUGAGGAUCUCUGCACUCUUGUCUUGUGUUCAGCCGUGGGAUCUAUUCAGACGUGUAUGAACAAAAUGUAUAUGUCUAGAUGUAGAAGGCUCCUACUCUAUGCUUAAAGCAAAGGCUGGUCAUGACUAUACCAAGAGGUGAAUUGCUAGGAGAUCAAGAUCAAGAGGAAUUCCAAACUGAUGAGAAUGAUUGAAAGUUAUGAAGUUAGUAAAGGUAUUCAAAAAAACCCUAAUACAGUCAUGUGGCUAUUUAUAACCAGGAAGGUACUUUUUUUCAGCCAUCAGAAAUUUAAAACCUUUUCCAUAGGGUGUCUUUUUAACAACCUUACAUUUUGCCAAUAAAAUAAGCUUAACUGGACUUUACUGGUAUUAGUAACAUGGUAACAGUAUAAUAAGAUUGAGCCAAUGUUUUACUAAAUAUUAGGCAAUCCUGUACUACUGAAGCCAAUAAGAUUUCAACCUGUUAAUCUAAUUCUCAAUGAGUGUACAAAUGAUUCAAUUAUUAGUUGGUACUGGUGACUGCUGUACAGUUGUUUUAUUUUAAAUUAUUUUGUUUCUUUUUGGUAUAAAAAUGUUAAUUUAUUUCAAAAUUCCAAGCACUGCAGUAUUGCAUUAGAAGCACAGCAAUUUUGUUAUUUAUUUUUUUCUUUUAAAAAUAGCAUAUUUUUGUUUCUCCCAAUUGUACAUCUAUUAUACCUGAAAGCUGUUUAUAGCUUUCAGAAUUUUCCCUCCAUUAUUAAAUUAUUUGGGUUAAAUAUUCUGCGUAAUAUAUAUAUAUAUAAAAACGAAAAGCAAUGACUUGCAUUUAGCCUCAAGGCCAAAUGCAUCUAAAUAUGCAAUAUAAAAAAGCUUGCAUGACAUAAUUUCAUGUACCUUUCCCCAUAACCUUGAUGAUGAAGCUAGAUAAUUCUUAUUUCAUGAGAUUAUUCUUUCCCCCUCCCUGCAUAUUGGAGAUGCAUGUCUGAUACAGUGUUCAUUAAGGGAUGCAUGGCUUAAAUCCUCAUUGCAUUUUAAUCUCUCUCCUGCAGACUUCUUGAAAAUCCUCUCUAUUAAAUCUAAAGGUAACAGCGUGAUAAAUUGACAAGAUACAAAGAAAAAAUUAAUACAUUCUUGUGACUGCAGUUUAUUUUCUGUCAGACCCUGGAGAAAUUACGAGCCUUGUGUUUCAAUUAGUGUAUUGAUAUGAAGGUACAUCUGCUGCUUAUUAUUAUGCACUAAUAAAAAUAGUAUUGAUUGUUUUGAUAUAUUGCAGAUCUGGUUUUGUUGAAAUUUUAUUAUUAAAUCUGUUUUGGAAAUUUGCUAAAAAUGGUAGGGGAACAAUUUUGCCAAUAGCUGUGAGGGAGGAGAGGAAGAGAAAAUAAGAAUAAUCUAGCUUUUAAAAAAUAUUUAUUCAUGGGUAUGGCUUUGUGCACUAUAUCUAUGAAUAAACAAAACUACACCUCACUAGUUAUAGAUCUAGUGCUUCAAACCUUGGUUUGACUGUUAAAGGGUUGAUUAAAUUGAUCCUUUGUAAACUAACAAACAAAAAAUCCCGAUGUUUUGUGACUUUUGUAAUCUAUGAAUGUUCCCCUUUGCAUGAAUAUCCUUAUCUAAUCAACCACACAAAAGGACGUGUUGUGUUAUAUCGAAAUGGGUUGAAAUACUGGAGCAGUUUGCGUUAAAACACAAUUUGUAUACUGUACAUUUGCCUGCUGUAAAGGUUGGCUGUAACUAAACUGAAUUGAAGUUCUGUUGUAAUGCCUUUUUGAGGUUGGAUGGAGUAUUUCUAGAUGGUGGAGAUUACAGAUAGAUGUGCUCAUUGACUUAAAACUGAAUGUUAGAAACUUUUAUUGUGUUGCAUCUCUGAUUUUUAAAGGCAAGUAUAUUUCCUCAAUCUGGAUUCCAAAUCCAUUUGUUCUGAAAGCUCUGAAAUAAUUGCCAUGUCAAACCCGCUCUCAUCCUGGUCUUCAUACACCUGGACAAUCCUAGUUGAAUUUUUGUGUGUGUGAGGGAAUCAUGUAUUUGUACAUACGUAUAUGGUAUGAUCAUGCAGUUUGAAUGGCUGGGAAAUGAAGACAGUCCAGACUGGAAGAAAUGAAAUUAGAAGCUAAUAUACUGGUUCUUACAUCAUUAUGUUUCAAUUAAAAUUAUGGUGUAAUGUAUAACUAUCCCAGUAAAUAAACUGGCCAUCUUUUGUUCGUUGAA